UGACGCGCCAAACUAAACAAUCGUCGUCCAUCAAAGCCACCGCUUUCCGCAGCAAUAGCGAAGCCAGCGCGUCGUCCCGCUCCUUCCCUCUCCUCUCCGCGGCUGCCGCCUCGCCACGCCACCUCCAUGAGGAGCAGCAGCAGCAGCGGCAGCGCCGGCUCGGCGCCCAGGAGGAGGCCGAUGAGCGACCUCAUCGGCGGCAGCGACGACCUCUCCCGCUACUCCGUCGCCACCACCACCGCCUCGUCCGAGCGCUCGUCCGGCAGCGUCCGCGGGGCAGCCGCCUUCCUCGACGCCUUCCGCUCCUGCUUCGCCCCCGGGGACGCGCGCUCGCCGGAGACCUCCCUCUCCGACGUCGACUUCGACGCCUCACACCAACACUCGCAGUCGCUGAGCUCUCAAGGUUCUACCAGCGGGAGCACUUUCGAGAGCAGGAGAUCAGCUAGGGGACUAUAUGGCUCCACCCUCAGGAACUCUUCAGAGAGGGAGGUACCCGGCGAUAGGAAGUUCACCUUGCCAGAGAUCCAGAAAGCAACGAAGAACUUCUCACCCAACCUCAAGAUUGGGCAGGGUGGUUCUGGGACAGUGUACAAGGGUCAGCUCAGCGAUGGCACCCUCGUCGCCGUCAAACGGGCCAAGAAGAAUAUGUAUGACAAGCAUAUGGGCCACGAGUUCCGGAACGAGAUAGAGACGCUGCGAUGCAUCGAGCACCUGAAUCUGGUCAGGUUCCAUGGGUUCCUUGAGUUUGGUGGUGAGCAGUUGAUCAUUGUGGAGUAUGUUCCCAAUGGCAAUCUUCGAGAGCACCUUGAAGGUCUGAAUGGAAAAGUUCUGGAGUUCUCCGUGAGGUUGGAAAUCGCGAUCGAUGUGGCCCACGCCAUUACCUAUCUUCACACCUACUCUGAUCAGCCGGUCAUCCACAGGGACAUCAAAUCCUCAAACAUUCUUCUCGCAAACAACUGCCGAGCUAAGGUUGCUGACUUUGGAUUUGCGAAACUGGCUCCGACUGACGCUACCCAUGUCUCUACUCAAGUCAAAGGAACAGCAGGGUACCUUGACCCAGAGUAUCUCAGAACAUACCAGCUCACUGAGAAGAGUGAUGUCUACUCCUUCGGAGUGUUGCUAGUGGAGUUGGUUACUGGGAGGCGCCCGAUCGAACCUAAAAGGGCUAUCGUCGAACGUGUCACAGCAAAAUGGGCAAUGGAAAAAUUCUCGAAGGGCGAUGCGAUAUUAACACUGGAUCCAAAUCUGGAAGUGAACGACGCGACGAACCUGGCGAUCGAGAAGAUGUACGAGCUGGCCCUGCAAUGCCUAGCUCCCAAGAAGAGGAACCGGCCGAGCAUGAGGCGGUGCGCAGAGAUCCUGUGGAGUAUACGUAAAGAUUACAGGGAGUUGGCUCAACCAACCUCCUCUUGAACCAAAGCAGCUCAUAUGGAGCAACCAAGAAAACAGAAUGCAACAACAUCCCCAGUUUGCCUCACUUCAAUUCAAAGCAUGGAGGCAUGGAUCAACCGACCGCUGAGCUACGGGUUGCCAAGCUGUGAAUGGGACCUGUGGCCUUCCUAGAAAUUGUGUGCUUAUUAGGUAUCAGCUAGGAAGAGUUACAUUGAAGUUUCUCCUACACAGCAGUACACGUAGAAUAGUCGCCAUAGCAAGCACAAGCAAUUUCAAAUAUGACUUGAAUAUACGAUGGUGUCUGUAUGUUAUAGAAGGAAGAUGAUUUCUGAGGAGAGCAUGCAUUUCCCAUGUAUUAGAUGCGUUCUCCUGUAUAUGAUGAACAAAAUUCAACAGCAGUGGUAUAUCUUACUUUU